AAACUUUCGUAUCAACAAGCAUUUUUUUAUCCUUCGUAGUUGAAAUACCGAUUACAAUCAUCACAACGAUAAUAAUCAAAAUCAUGGCAAUACAACACGUUUUACAAACCAUUGCAAUAAGCAAAAUGCAAUGAUAACUCUCUCAAAUCUCGCGUUCAACUUCCGAUGCUCACUGUCGAGCUACGUGACACCGAAUGCUAUUCUCAAAAGCAUACUACGCAUGCUCGAAUGGACAGCUCGGCAAGCGCUUACUUUAACAUCGAGGGCUCUAAAUUUUUUAAUUUCCACGAGCGAAGCUCGGGCAUUGCUGAUCCGCGAGUUCCGUAAAAAAAAGCUCGUUACCUUACAUACUUAAUACCCAGAGGCUCUCGAGCAACAAGACGUGGUCUCAAUUAUCCAAGACGCAAAAAAUGGGAUAUAAUUAUGCGGAAGACACAAGUACGCUUGAUUAUGAAAAAUUCAGCACUCGCCGAGCUGUUUCGCGGACAUGCCUCGUAUCGUCUGCGGGGAGCGCAGUUUGAGAGUGAAACUUUGAAGCGUACAUUUGGUCAUCGUCAUCGUCUCGGUAUUUGAAUAUGUUUUGAAGAUAUACUCGAAAUGACAGUGGAGAUUGCGGAGGAUUCGAUGGAGAGGAUUGUCGCAUUGUCCGAUGAUCAAAACGUCGAUGGCUACAACCACGCGAUCGGUCCAUGCCGAUUUUUUCUGCGCUUGCUCGGCACUUGGCCAGAUCCUUAUGGAAACGUUGAUAGCUGGACGACCUCCGCUCGCUGUCUCGUGAUAACGGCAACUAUGUUCCUCUUCGCGACCAUCUCGCAGACCGUGAAGAUGGCCUUGUCGUACAAAGACUUGAAUUUGGUAACGGAGAUCCUGACGAAUUGCAACAUACCGACAACCAUCGCGACCAUCAAAAUUGCCAGCAUUUGGUACUACAGAUGGGUGCUGCGAGACUUGGUGCGGCAGAUCAUAGAAGACUGGGAGAUGUCCCACGACCGUCACGAAUCGGCCAUAAUGUGGCGAAGCGCCAAAAUCAGUCGGAUAUUCUCCAUCGGGUGCAUGUUCAUGACCGAAGGAACACUUCUUACUCAGUGCGUCGUCGGACUCUUCAGACCCAUCUCUUACGCCUUUAAAACGGACCUGAAUCAGAGCAUCGAGUGGCCGUUGUACAUGAAGGGCUCAUUUCCGUACGACGUCCAGUCAUCGCCAAACUAUGAACUGUCAAUACUGGGACAGCUGCUGUCCAAUGUUUUCGCCUCGACUUCUUUUUCGUCCGCAGAUUCAUUCUUCAUUGUGCUUAUGUUUCAUCUUAUAGGCCAGUUGUCCAUUCUGAAACUGACGAUUUUGGACCUGCCGAGUAAAAUCGAGAAUUCAGAUGACAGGAGUAAGUUUAUUGAUCGAUUCGCUUUCGUGCACAUGAGACAUAAUCGGCUGUGGAGAUUUUCAAUGGCCAUUGAGGAAUCUUUCAAUACAAUGUUUCUCAUACAAAUGAUACCCUGCAUUUUCGCUCUGUGUACUCAAGGUUAUCAACUCAUAAUGAUAAUGGAUGCCGAUAACGUUUCGUUAAUGGAACUUAUUUUUAUGAUAUACUUUCUGGUUUUAUUUUUGUUCACCAUCUUUACAUACUGCUACGUUACAGAAAUUUUGCGUUGCAAGAGUUUGGAAUUGAGUUACGCAGUUUACGAUUGCGACUGGACCAUCUUACCAGCGAAAGAAGCCAGAAUUUUGCUACUGAUCUUGGUUCGCACGCAGCACCCGUUUGAAAUAACAGCUGGAAAAUUUGCGAGUUUCUCACUUCCAUUUUAUUGUCGAGUAGGAGCUUUCUCUUACUUCUCCAAAUUUUCUUAUAAAGUUAAAUAUUUCAAACUUAUACUACCUUUUUAG